CGCUAACUUUUUUGUUGUUGUUGUGUUUUAAAUUGAAUUUCAAUAAAUAGUCUUAAAUUUGGAACUGGGAAUAUAUUUGUACAAUGUGCACAGUGAAUAUUUGUUGUAAAUAGUUUACAAAUCCAAGUAAUUGUAACUUUAGAAGUUGUUGAAUCUUACAACAGUGUAAAGUUAUCAGCGGGUUUCCUGGAAGAACUACAUUUCCCAUAAUGCAUGUUUUCCCGGGACAUUGACGAAAGGCAUAACGUUAACUUAUCCCUGCUUCCCGAUUUCUGCCGGUUCGGGUGUUGUUUUCGCUGUUCGCUGGUAAUGCACGUGCGUACUGUGAGUAACGUUAUACUUAUUUCAAUAAGUGUCCGCGUUACACAGUCAAUAUUUUAGGUGGUCGAGCUGUGUGUAUUUGUGUGCUAGCGUGAAUCGAACAAUGCUAAACAACAUAAAGUGAGUGUGUUAUCAUGAUGCUAACAAGGUCUGUGUUUGUACUGUAUUUCUUUGUAGGCUCAAGUGUGUGGUUGUAAGAUCAUCUAGAAAUCAUUUUAGGAGUUCAGGUAGGAUGUAUUAUGAAAUAGUGUUAUUAGUGUUUACAGCCUGUUUUAAAUUAAAGAAUGACAAUUAACUUUCUAUUUUGACCUUGGUUCUGACUCAUCCCUAGUAGAAUUGCCCUUGGUUUUGCUACCUGGCAACUGAAAACUUCUUAAAAUGUUCACAAUUCUGUUCCUAAUUCAUCUUUGUAUAUUUCUGUGUAAUUCUGUCCAUGUACAGGUGUUUGCAGAGUUCCACCGAAUCAACAAUGUUAACCUGCGCAAUCAAUUCUACAAGGAGCUGGACAGACACACGCCUAAACUCAUCACCUUGUUCAGAGACAAGGCCACCAAGACUGGCAAGACAGCGGAGGAGCUAGCCAAGCUCAUGAGGAUUUAUGAUCUUCAGGAACAACGUGAUGUAAAUAUGAGGCGGGCCCUCGUCCUUCGUGCACUUCCUGUGUACCUGCGUGAAGAUGCCUCCAAGUUCUUCAGGACCUGUAAUUCAGCAGAUGGUCCAGACCUCACUGACACUCCAGUGGCUCUCCUGACAGUCGUCACGGAUAACACUACUGAUGCGGCCCUCUUCAGCCCUGAGAGCAUCUGUAUUGUCGUGGAGGAUGAAAUGCUUGUGAGUGGUCCCACAAAUCUGGCUGACUCAUUUCUCCUGCUCUUUGGGUACGUCUAUGCACUAGACCUACAGUACCCAAAGAAUCUCGAGCUUACCUUUACAUUUAUACAAAAAGUUGUAAUGUGUCUUGAGGACAACAAACCACUGAAAGGGCGUCUACUGACGCUGAAGAAUGAUUUGUUCAAUGAGUGAAUCACUCAGAAUGGACUAUUUGUUGAGCUGAGUAUUGA